AUGAGCGCAGGUGAUACGAAAGUCGCCGUAACGACCGACGAGAACUGGAAAUCCGGGCUUGUGCUUCCCGCUAAGGACAAGCGCUUUAAGACGGCAGAUGUUACCGAUACGAAAGGCGUGGAAUUCGAAGACUUCUGUCUGAGUCGUGACUUGCUGAUGGGUAUUUUUGAGAAAGGAUGGGAGAAACCGAGUCCAAUUCAGGAGGCUUCCAUCGGCGUUGCGUUGUCAGGUCAGGAUAUUCUCGCCCGUGCGAAAAAUGGUACUGGGAAAACUGGUGCUUACUGUAUCCCAGUAAUCGAAAAAAUCAAUCCUGGGUUAAAGAAAAUCCAAGCGCUUGUUAUUGUUCCGACUCGGGAGCUAGCACUUCAAACUUCGCAGAUAUGUGUUGAAUUGUCAAAGCACAUUAAACUAAAGAUUAUGGUGACUACUGGAGGGACGGAUCUACGGGAUGACAUCAUGCGUUUAAAUGGAUCGGUACACAUGGUGAUUGCAACACCUGGUCGUAUUCUCGACUUGAUGGAAAAGGGAGUAGCUGACAUGUCGAACUGUAAAAUGCUCGUGCUGGACGAGGCUGACAAGCUCCUCAGCCAGGAUUUUCAGGGAAUUCUGGAUCGGCUGAUCUCUUUCCUGCCUAAGGAGCGUCAGAUUAUGCUCUACUCUGCCACGUUCCCGAUGACGGUUACCGAGUUCAUGCAGAAGCACAUGCGAAAACCUUAUGAAAUCAACCUUAUGGAAGAACUCACGCUCCUUGGUGUCACUCAGUAUUACGCGUAUGUACAGGAAAAACAAAAAGUACACUGCCUUAAUACCCUAUUCCGUAAGCUACAAAUUAACCAGUCGAUCAUAUUUUGCAACUCUACUCAACGAGUGGAACUCCUUGCAAAGAAGAUUACAGAAAUAGGAUACUCCUGCUAUUACAUUCACUCUAAGAUGGCACAGAACCACAGAAAUCGUGUGUUUCACGACUUCCGUCAAGGAAAUUGCCGAAAUUUAGUGUGCUCGGAUCUGCUUACUCGUGGUAUCGACAUACAAGCUGUAAAUGUUGUGAUUAACUUCGAUUUUCCUCGAAAUGCUGAAACAUAUCUUCAUAGAAUUGGCCGGUCGGGAAGAUUUGGCCACCUUGGUGUUGCUAUUAAUUUGAUCACGUAUGAAGAUCGUCACACACUGCGACGUAUUGAACAGGAGCUGCGUACUCAGAUUGAGCCGAUCCCGAAAGCUGUUGACCCAAAAUUAUAUGUAGCAGACUUCCAAAUCGUGGACGAUGAUGAUAACAAAACAAAUGCCAAUUAA